GGCCGGCACACGGGCGCUGCCAGUCUUGGGCGGCGGUGUCCAGCGCGCGGGCGGCCUGCUGGGCGGGCUGACGGGGAGCGGCGCGCGGGCCAGGCGGAGAGACACGGAGCCGGCGAGCCCCGCGGCGACAGGUUUUCUACUUAUAAAAGACAAUGACUACUGAUGAAGGUGCCAAGAACAAUGGAGAAAGCCCGGCAGCCACUGUUGCUGAACAGGGAGAGGAUAUUACCUCCAAAAAAGAUAGAGGAGUAUUAAAGAUUGUCAAAAGAGUGGGGAGCAGUGAGGAAAUGCCAAUGAUUGGAGACAAAGUUUAUGUCCAUUACAAAGGAAAAUUAUCAAAUGGAAAGAAGUUUGAUUCCAGUCAUGAUAGAAAUGAACCAUUUGUCUUUAGUCUUGGCAAAGGCCAAGUUAUCAAGGCAUGGGACAUUGGUGUGGCCACCAUGAAGAAAGGAGAGGUCUGCCAUUUGCUGUGCAAACCAGAAUAUGCAUAUGGCUCAGCUGGCAGUCUCCCUAAAAUUCCCUCAAACGCAACUCUCUUUUUUGAGAUUGAGCUCCUCGAUUUCAAAGGAGAGGAUUUAUUUGAAGAUGGAGGCAUUAUCCGGAGAAUAAAACGGAAAGGAGAAGGAUACUCAAACCCAAAUGAAGGAGCAACAGUGGAAAUCCACCUGGAAGGCCGCUGUGGUGAAAGGAUGUUUGAUUGCAGAAACGUGGUAUUCACUGUUGGUGAAGGAGAAGACCACGACAUUCCCAUUGGAAUUGACAAAGCCCUGGAGAAGAUGCAGCGGGAAGAACAAUGUAUUUUAUAUCUUGGACCACGAUACGGUUUUGGAGAGGCAGGGAAGCCUAAAUUUGGCAUUGAACCUAAUGCUGAGCUUAUAUAUGAAGUUACACUAAAGAGCUUCGAAAAGGCCAAAGAAUCCUGGGAGAUGGAUACCAAAGAAAAAUUGGAGCAGGCUGCCAUUGUCAAAGAGAAGGGAACCUUAUACUUCAAGGGAGGCAAGUACAUGCAGGCAGUGAUUCAGUACGGGAAGAUAGUGUCCUGGCUAGAGAUGGAGUAUGGUUUGUCAGAAAAGGAGUCCAAGGCUUCAGAAUCGUUCCUGCUCGCUGCCUUUCUCAACCUGGCCAUGUGCUACCUGAAGCUCAGAGAAUACACCAAAGCCGUGGAAUGCUGCGAUAAGGCGCUGGGACUGGACAGUGCCAACGAGAAAGGCUUGUACAGGAGGGGUGAAGCCCAGCUGCUCAUGAAUGAGUUUGAGUCAGCCAAGGGUGACUUCGAGAAAGUGUUGGAAGUAAAUCCCCAGAAUAAGGCUGCAAGACUGCAGAUCUCCAUGUGCCAGAAAAAGGCCAAAGAGCACAACGAGCGGGACCGCAAGAUAUACGCCAACAUGUUCAAGAAGUUUGCAGAGCAGGACGCAAAGGAAGAGGCCAGUAGAGCCAUGGGCAAGAAGACUUUAGAAGGGGUCACCAAUGAAAAAGAAACAGAGAAUCAAGCAAUGGAAGAAGAGAAACCUGAAGGCCAUGUAUGACGCCACGCCAUGGAGGGAAGAGAGUCCUAAUGAACUCGGCCCCUCCUCGAUGGGCUUUCACCCAACUCAGGACUAAACAGUGUUUAAUGUAAAGUUUGUUAUAGUCUAUGUGAUUCUGGAAGCAAAUGGCAAAACCAGUAGCUUCCCCAAAACAGCCACCCUGCUGCUGCCCAAUAGGUUCAUUGAGGGGUGGCGUGGGACCACUCCAAGUGGAACAACACAGAAGUGACUGUUGGUGUGCAGAGAUUGAGCCAACAGCUUAGGUCCAGCUCAUUUCAGUUUAUGUCAACUUUAAACAUCCAAUUCAGGGUCCCUUGAGAUAAUCCUAACAAUUGGGGCUUCUGUUAGGUUUUACAUUUUAACUUUAAUAGCACUACAGAAAUCUUUUUUAAAAUGCUUAAUGAAUUUCUCCUUUCCUACAGGCGGGUGGGGUGGGCAAGGAGGAUGAAGUUGUGUUUUUUUUAAAUGACUGAAGUGCUGUGAAUGCAACCUGUCGCAUUUUUAACCAACAGAACCCACAGUAGAGGGGUCCACCCCCUCUCCACAGCAGUGUCACAGACUUGAAAGCCAGAACCUCAGAGGCCACUUGCUUGCUGACUUUGCCACCUCCCAGACUCCCUCCUUAGCAGCCUGCUCGGGAGAGUGGGAUCCCCACGCCCAGCCUGUCCCUGGGGGGCAAUCCAUCAUUCCUAAAAUACCUGCAGCGAUGAUAGUGAACAGGCUGGAGUUUCUGGAUUAGCCUGUCCUGUUUUGGAUGAAGUUCUGAGAUGCUGAAAUGCAAAAAGAACAAUCAGAAUUAUGCUUUUCCCCUCUAUUCCUUCUAGAAAAUAAUGUUAAAAUACAUAGUACUUCCUGCUAGCAUUGCUGCUGCUCAGCUUACUUCCAUUCUAAUCCUUGCUGUUAAGAAUAUAAGACUUGUUCUUAUAAUAUUUUUGACCUGGAGUGGAUUUACUUACAUAUCCAUUUAGGACUGAUGCAGCUUUUUUAUCUUCUUUUUUAAAUUACUGGCUCAUAAGCAUAUAUAUACUGGUUUAUGGAACUUUAUUUACACUCCUCUAUCAUGCAAAAAGAAAUUUUGACUUUUUACUACUAAGUAGCCUAAUUUUUAAAAACAAAAUCUGUAGGGUUGACAAAUAAGUAGUUGCUCUUCUACAUUAAGGGUUUUAUCUGCAGGUUUGACAUACAGUCGCUUUCUUUCCUGCCCUGAUGCCUUCUCUGUUCUGGUGUGAGUUGAAAGAGUUGAAAACGGCUUCCCGCGCACGUACAUCUGGCCUAAAUCCCCAGUACUUGAGCAUUGAACUAGGUCAAGUCUUAAAAUAAAUAUGUGCAUGUAGUUGAAUCUUAGUCCUUACGGGUAAAUGAGAUUGAGCGUGGCGCUCUGUUCCGCAGCCUAGGGGACUCUGGGAAUGCGUUUGGCAGGCCUAGCAACCAAUCGCUUAAACCUGGAACAUCUCACUUUUUUAAAUCCUAAAGAACACUGGCAUUAUGUUUUAGAUUAGUUUUAAUUUGCAUGGUAGUUUUAACAAACACUUUUGUUAGGUUAGGAUCCACCUUAAAACCGAAAAAAUCAAGUCAUUUUCUUUCAUACCAGUUUUCUUUUCCCUGGAACAAAUGGAAUCAAAUUGUGAGUUUUUUCCUUUUGUGAUCACCAAAACCUCUCUAAUUUCUCAUUUAUACUUUUGUCUUUUUUCAUGAACUAUUUCUUUAAAAUGCCCUAAUCUCACCUAGGAUAUAUGAAAAGCAAAAAAAGCUUAUUUGCUAAACUGUUUGGUAUUUGAAGCUCUGUUGACUAGAGCACUAUUCCAAUAAGUCCAAGAUUGAAAUUUGAUCCUAAAAAGGCCAGUUAGAUUUUUGCAGGUAACAAACAAAACUAUUCCAAAACUCAUAUGAUCCCAGCUGUCUCCAGUGGGUGUCACAGGUCACCGGGAACUGGCAGGAGUGUGUGGGAGCGGGGACGAGCGUGUGAGUGGCUCCAAGCAGAUGAGAUCCAGGUGUCUGUCAUCAUCCAGAAAGAGACUUCACAUGUUCUUGUAUCAAAUUCAGUAAUGUUAAACAAUUCAUGUUGAAAUCAGAUGUCUUUGACCCACCUUUUAGACUGCGUAUGGGUUGGCGAGUCAGUAUAUGAUGAAUUAAAAACAAAUUGUUUUUUUAAAAAA